CGCGAACUUUGCAACGGAACGAAACACAAAAUGAGUUAUUACCAACGAUCGCGCCAAGAAGGUGGUCAUCGCUAUGGAAGAUCUGGUGGUGGCGGCGGUAGCUACAACGAUCGUCGUUAUAACAGAGACGAUCGCAGAGGAGGUGGCGGGUAUAGACGCAACCGUGCACCCUCUCCUUCUAGAGAUGACGAAGCCGAGGAUAUUGAAGUGCGUUUGCGUGGUUUGAUCAUCAAGAUUGGUGAUAAGUUCUCGUCUGACCUUCGUAUCAAUCUCAACAAAAUGAAAAACAUUCUGGACAAUGACUAUGCAAAGUAUCCUGAUACUGUCAAAGACACUUUGAAAGCAUGUGUCUCAGAACUACCUGCCAAGGCACCCGUGUAUGGCACAUUGUUUGGCUUGUUGAACUUAUCUAGCCAUGAAUUGGUGGGCAAGCUCAUGUACGAGGUCAAUGAUAUGCUUAAACAAGCUGUGGCGGACGCGGACUGGUUCAAAUUCAAGCAAUUGCUUCGAUUCUAUGGUGAAUUGGUGAACGCCAAUGUGAUUCUGCCAACAUCAUACUGUGAUUUGAUCAGCACUAUAUUGUCUGCUUUGGAUGAAUCGAAUCAACCAAGACGUCGACUCGAUUGUAUCAUUUAUGUCAUCCUUUCCACAUUGCCUUGGAGCGGCAAAGAACUUAGCGAGCGAAACGGCGGACAACUGGAUGAAAUCUUGAACCGAAUCGAAUCAUAUAUGAACCGACGUGGUGAGAUUCCAAACCGGGAUAUUUUACGACGUUAUCGAAGUGGUAGCCAUGAUGAUAAGCAACGUGAUGAGCUGAUGCAUCUAUGGUCCUUGGUAAAAGAGCUGCGUGAUAAGGGAUGGGAUGUUCCUUUGCUGCCCAAGCCUUAUCAAUGGUUUGACAAGGAAUUCAGCUCGACAUUGCAGCAUGAUAUUCCCAGUAUCGAAACGCCAAAACAUACCGAUUCGGUUGCAUAUAUUAAGCCAUCGCGUCCUCUCAGAGUCAACGUCGAUGAAAGUGGCAAGUCUCUUCCCAACGUACCAGAUCAUGACGGCUUAGAAUACUUCAUUUUACAAGAUAUCAUUAUGGAUACAAUCCACAUUUUUGAAUCGAACCGUAAAGAAUGUAGCAAAUACCUGCUUGCUAUAGGAAACAACUUUGAACCUGGAAAGUUCGGCUCAAACACUCAACAGCAGGAUUCGGAGAAUGAUCGUAUGGAAGAGGAUCAAGCUGGAUGGAAUCUGGCCGAUGUUCUCAUUGAGAAUAUUUUCUCGCAAAUGCUCGAUGUUCCAUCAGCUCCGUACCGCGAAGUCUUCUACACAUGCGUUCUUGCAGAACUUUGUCGUGCCGAUAGUGCUUCGUUCCCGAUGGCUUUAGGCAGAGCUGUCAAGGUCAUAUUUGACAACAUUGAAGAUAUGGACACUGCAUGCAUCUAUCGGUUCUCUCCAUGGUUUGCUCACCACUUGAGCAACUUUGGUUUCCAAUGGGAUUGGGCUGCAUGGCAAAGCUCGUUAUCACUCGACCCCGCUCAUCCCAAGGUUUGCUUCAUCCGCGAGACGCUUGAAAAGGACAUCCGCCUUAGCUACUAUGAACGCAUUAAGAGCACUGUCCCUGAACCGUUCCAUGCUCUUAUACCAUCACAACCGCCAGGACCUGAUUUUGAGUACGAGAACGGUGACCACCCGUUACACGACUCUGCAAAGGAAGUAAUCAAUGGCAUGAAAUCGAAAAAGUCUUCGGACGAUAUUCAGGCUAUUCUAGAACGAUUCAAAGAAGAGCAAGGCAGUCAAGGUGCUGACGGACAAGAGCAGACAAAGCUUACACACGAAUUAUUCGUACAAGCCAUGCUUCUUGUUGGUAGCAAAAGUUUCUCGCACGUACUGAACGUUGUUGAACGCUACCUUGAAGUCUUACGUUUCGUCAACGCCACACCAGAAGCACGAGUACACACAGUCCAUGUUGUUGCAACAUUCUGGAAACAUAACUCUCAAUUCCUCGGUAUUCUGCUUGAUAAAUUACUGAACUACAGAGUGAUUGAUCCCAGCUCAGUGAUUAUUUGGGCUUUUGAAAAGCAGCAGCUCGAACACGCUGAGCGGGCAUUCGUUUGGGAAAUCCUUCAAAAUACCCUGAACAAGGUGGUUACGCGUGUGGCGCAAGUCAAGAGCAAGCUCGAAAGCUGCCAGCAAAUGCAUACCGAAAACGAGGCCAAGCGCGCAAAUGAAACAUUGACAGAAAUGGCCCAGGCCGAAGCACAGCAGGAACUUGAUACCUUGCGUCUGAUGGAAAACUCUUUGUCGACAGUAACCCGGGAACAGAAAGAAGUGUUCAUCGUUGCAUAUCAAAAGUUCGUCCAGGUGUUGCAGGAGCGAUUGACAUCCUCCACCUCAGGACCGGAUGUUGAGCUGACAUGGACCUAUCGCUGGAUCUUUGGAUGGUACCGAGAGAUCAUGCGACUCUAUCAUAAGGAGUGCAGUGGUUUCUUAACGACCAUGGAGACGGUUGUUUUCACCGAUGACAUUGAUGAGCGCAUCAAGGCUGUAUUUGCCGAUAUCAAAGGAAUCCACCAAGACGAAACGUCUGUAGUCGUUUAAAGCUCAUAUCUAGGCAUAUAUACAUAAAGAAAAAGCAAAUCAAACAAAUGAGGAGAAAGACUCGCUCUCAACAGAACAUGCUUGGAUUUCAAGUUUUAUUAAAUAAUUAUUAAAUGGCUUUGGUAGCAAAGCCAAAAAAUGGAAGAAACGUUUUGGUGGUAACGAUUGUUUUAAUAGAUGAUUGCGCUCUGAUUUUUCCACAUAAAAUUAAGCCGCAUAGA